AUGAAAGUGAAAAUUAACAGCUGCAGUGUAGAUGAGUUGGACAGCGUGGAUCCUGGCCUCCUAUGUAAAAACGUCGGCCGCAGCGUCGUCUCCGCUUUCUUCGCCUCUUCUAUCAAACAUUUUCCCAAUCUCGUCCUCCGGCUUUCCUCCGCCGGCCUUCGCGCUAAUCUAGCUUCUGGGUUCUUGAGAAACGUUGUCGUUUCGUCCGAGCUGGAUGCGGAUUUGUCCGAGGACGAAGGGCUCGAUUUCUCCGCCGGCGAGGAGCCGAGAUUCUCGCCUGAUUUGAAGCUUUUUGUCGGGAAUUUGCCGUUUAAUGUCGACAGCUCUGAGCUGGCUGGGUUGUUUGAGCAGGCUGGGAAUGUCGAAAUGGUUGAGGUUAUAUACGACAAGGCUACUGGAAAAAGUAGGGGUUUUGGUUUUGUGACUAUGUCUACCGUCGAGGAACAAGAAACUGUUGUACAACAAUUCAAUGGCUAUGAACUUCACGGCCGGAGCUUGAGGGUGAAUUCUGGGCCCCCACCUUCUAAGAGUGAAAGCUCUUCAUUCCGGGGGGCCAAAGUGGUUAUGGGUCCAGGCCCGGAUCCGGGUCUGGGUCCAUUGACAGCAGCAACAGUUAUUGGAAGCUUAGGUUCUGAAAAUUCAAAAGAAUAUGUCUCAGAUGUUGUAGUUAACAGAGCAAAGCUUUCUGGAACAACUAAUGGAGUUAGAAUCAAGAUAUGGCAGGGUGGCUCUGGAAGUGCAAACAAUAUUAAAUUCCACAAUAUAGAAAUGCAAGGAGUGGAAAACCCGAUAAUUAUCGACCAAAGUUAUUGUGAUCAAAAGGAACCGUGCAAAGAACAUAGUUCAGCCGUACAAGUGAAGAACAUCGGACACAGAAACAUCAAGGGCACUCGUAAUUCAGAUGAAGCCACCAAUUUCAAAUGCAGCAAAAGUCAUUCUUGCCAGAGGAUCACUCUGCAAAAUGUGAACUUGAUCGGGACAGGUAGCGAGAAAUCCAAAGCCGUUUGUAAUAACGUCCGUUUGCAGAACUUGGGAACGGUUUCACCAAAUUGCCGUAACUAAACUUCUAAAGUCGAAAGGCGAUUAGCAUGUUUUGAAUUUAGGUGUUUUUGUACAUUUUCAUGUGCAGACAUAGGUAAUUCGAAAAAAUGAUCACACCAAAGUCCUACAUUAGAAGUUUAUUGGUUUUUUUUUAAUUCAUUU